CCGCAUCGUAUGUCUGGUUUGUGGUUUGUGUGGGGAGUGUUGGUGUUCUCCGAUUCUGUCUGGGAUUUUGCUCUGUUUCUUCUGUCUCUGUGGCUGUGCUUUUUCUGAGUAAAUUAAAAAAAGCAGCAGCAGCAGCGCAAGAAGAACGAGAAGCAAAAUUCAGAAGAAAACGACUCUGAGAAUGAAGAAUGAAGAGUGAAUGAAAACAGCACAGAGCUCUGCCUUUUGGACUGGGGCAGUUUAGUUAUGUUAGCUCGAAUCGAAAAAAUCAAUAAGCGUUGAUACACCGCGGAAUCUAAUAGAAUCACACUACCUACAGUAUUUGUGGUUUUAGCAAAAUCUAUUAUGGAGGAUGGGAGUAGGGUUCCGGCAGGGGAUGACCCCUCUUACUGGCUGGAUGCGUGUGAAGACAUAUCAUGUGAUUUCAUUGAUUUUGAUGUCUCAUCCAUAGUUUCAGAGCAGCCUGACAACCCUUCCAAUCAGGACUUCUUCGGUGGCAUUGAUAAGAUUUUGGACAGCAUAAAAAACGGUGCUGGUCUCCCUCUGAAUCAUGGUGAACCUGCUUCCAACUCUAAUGGCACAGCAGCAGGAGCAGGUGAAGUUUGGCUUCCCUCCAAUGCCACUUUGGCGGAUGGGGGAAAUCGUCAUCCUCAUACUCCUGUUCCUGCUUCCGCUGAUGCUGCUUUUGACCAUUCUGCUACUGUUCGGAAUAAUGGGUCGAGUAAACUGUCUAAUGGGAAUGAAGGGGGAGUUUUGGUUAAUUAUUCUAAGGAUAGGGGGGUUCUGAAUGGUGGCCAUGAUGUUGAUAGUGAAGAAAGGUGCAGCAAAAGGGCUCGGCUUGGUGGCUACAAGAAUGAGAGGCCUCAUUAUGGCAGAGGUAAUUAUCAAGGCAAGGAGAGGGAGAGGUGUUUUAAUAAUAACAGAAAGAGGCCACGGGAUAGGGAUGAGGUCGACAGGAGGGACAGGGAUGGUGGUGGAAGGAAAAGAGAACAUUGUGGUGCUGUUGGCAGGAGGGAUGUUAGAGAUAGAGAUUGGAGGGAUAGAGAACCUAGGGGUUACUGGGAGAGGGAUAAAUCAGGUAACAAUGACAUGGUCUUUCGCCCAGGCGCUUGGGAACCUGAGCGUAAUCGAGAAGAAAAAAUGGUUAAUGAUGUGAAACAAGAGAGCAAUGGAAAGCUUGAUAAGAAAUCUGAGGAGGCUAAGGAGAGGGUUCCUGAGGAAAAAGCUAGACAGUAUCAAUUAGAUGUUCUUGACCAGGCAAAGAGGAAAAAUACUAUAGCUUUCCUUGAAACUGGAGCAGGGAAAACCUUAAUUGCUGUUCUUCUUAUUAAAAGUAUACAAGAGAGUUUGCAGAAGCAAAAUAAGAAAAUGCUUGCAGUAUUUUUAGUUCCAAAAGUUCCAUUAGUUUACCAGGUAAAAUAGUUUUUCACAAUUUAUUUAUUAUUAAAUGCUUUUGGUU